AACCGGCUUGUCACCAUUCAAGAGAAAUGGCUGCUUUCUUUAUUACAAUAUAUUAGCAACAAAGCUACAGCAAGUAAUGUUUUCAAAGGGUAGCACUGUGCUUUUGAGACCAGUAGCGGCACAGUUUAGUGGUGUAAAGUAAUAUAAACGUAAAUGUUGCGUCGCAAUUUGUGUGAGUUUUGCUGUGAGCCACCUGUAUGCCGGCUAGCGAGUAGCUGCAAAGCCGAGACGUCGCUCAGCCAGUCUUCCAGCCCGGCUGCGGUCUGUUGAUGGUACACCGGAUCUCCAAACAGAUCCGAACCGCGUGUUUUGGUUUAGCCGAAGUUAGUAAAUCAGGGAACCCCGGGCCUAAAUGCCAGAACAAGGCCCCAGGAUGAAUGGCUUUUCUAUCGGUGAGCUGUGCUGGCUGUUCUGCUGUCCACCCUGUCCGAGUCGCAUCGCGGCCAAACUAGCUUUCCUUCCACCGGAGCCCACGUAUUCCGUGCACACCGACGCUAACGGGGUGACUAGCUUACAUUUAACCGAGCGGGCAGACUGGCAAUACUCCCAGCGAGAGCUCGAUGCAGUGGAAGUGUUCACCACUAGAAGCAGCCGGGGUAACCGGGUAGCAUGCAUGUUUGUGCGUUGCGCUCCGAACAGUCGCUACACGCUGCUGUUUUCCCACGGUAACGCUGUGGACCUGGGGCAGAUGUGCAGUUUUUACAUCGGCCUGGGCUCCAGGAUAAACUGCAACGUGUUCUCCUACGACUACUCAGGCUACGGAGUCAGCACCGGCAAGCCUUCAGAGAAGAACCUGUAUGCGGACAUCGAGGCGGCCUGGCAGAUGCUGAGGAACAAGUACGGUGUAACUCCUGAGAAUAUCAUCUUGUACGGUCAGAGCAUCGGCACGGUGCCCACCAUCGAUCUGGCUGCUCGCUAUGAAUGUGCUGCCGUCAUCCUGCACUCGCCACUAAUGUCGGGCUUACGGGUGGCCUUCCCUGACACACGCAAGACUUACUGCUUCGAUGCCUUCCCCAGUAUCGACAAGGUGUCCAAGGUGGCGUCCCCGGUGCUUGUAAUUCAUGGCACAGAGGACGAGGUCAUCGACUUCUCCCACGGCUUGGCGAUGUAUGAGCGCUGUCCCCGUGCGGUCGAGCCUCUUUGGGUGGAGGGAGCCGGCCACAAUGACAUUGAGCUAUAUGCUCAGUACCUGGAGAGGCUCAAACAGUUCAUCUCUUUCGAGCUUUCCACUUCUUGAGGACCUUUGACUUCGGGCCCGGGUUCAUUUCAAGACACUCAAGAAUUAUCCUCAUCGUUUCCUCUGGAGGGAAUAUGGAGUUCUUCAAGACCUGCUGGUGCUCCUACGAGACACAACAAGCUGCUUUGCUAAUGAGCCCGGGCCUCGACAGUGUUUCUAACUGCUGCUCAGUCUUGAUUCAUUAUCCACUCCAAAUCUUUGCUUCCUUCCCACUCUCUACUUAUUCUAUCUCCUUCUAUCUUUUGUAUGUCACACUUUCAUAUCCUUCAUCCUGUUUGGUCCUCGAGUCCCCUUCUUUUCUUUUGACUGAGUAUUUGCAAUGUUGAGUUUUGUAUUCUUUUAUACAAGGUAAAGAAGUAUCAGUUUUGCACCUGAAGAUACUGUGGAUGAAGAUUUUCCUUUCUUUAACUUUACCAUUCAGGGUUGAUUACAGGGUUGCACUGUAAUGUUGCAUUUUCUUAGCUGACAUUUCAUUAUGUUUUUAUUUGAAGUAAAACUGUGAUUUUUUUUCCUCUCAUAUUUCUUUUGCUGGCCAGACUGCAUCCCAGCUUGUUUAGGCUCUGUGCUCUCUGUGAUGCACGCUGCUCUCUCAUGUAGGGAGAUGAUGAUGGCAAACUUCAACUGGCACGUUCCACAUCUACAGCAGUUUGCUCCUUUAGAUGUUGUACAAAUUUCAAGCAGAGAGGUUUGAAAUGCAUUGUGGUGAGAGGAUCGUGUGCACCAGCUGGCCUCACCAGUUAAUCAUUGAUCAUCUCAUCACAAUGCAGUGUUUCACUGGGAGACCUUUGGUCCUGCAAUACAUAUUUUACCUUGAGACACGGCACAGCUCACUAUGGCAGUGGCACUCCCCGAUCACUACAGUCACAGCUGUUGUGCAGGUGUUCGUGUGUGGUUAUAAUGACUUGGUCACUCACACACAGCUGGUCUCAGUGGAUAUUACAUAAGGAUUGUGGGCAGCAAAUUAAAGACGUGGCAUCAUUUUCUUAGGCUCUUUGAUAACUCAUAGAAGGUUGCAGGCAAACAUGGCUUACUGUUUGAAAUCCGUUUGUAGCCUCACCAUAGCAUUUAGCUUCAACCGUAAACAUCAAUAGUCUUCCUGCUGUUUGUUGCAAAACAUUAAACAUUUGCUAGUCUUAGUAUGUGUGUGCACUUAUAAAAUUCACAUUUGUAAACUUUGUAGUCACAGUUGUUUCCCUGUAAUCUUACAGUCCUAAUAUUACUUGUGACCAGUGUUGGUCAAGUUACUUGAAAAAAGUAAUCAGUAACUAAUUACCGAUUA